AUGGCCCCCUCAAUCUCGACGGGGACGACGCACUAUGCCCUCGUCGUCGAUGCCGGCUCGUCGGGCUCGCGCCUGCAGAUCUACAGCUGGCGCGACCCAGGCCUUGAGCGAGCUGAGAUCCUCACCGAGGUCCGCGAAGCUCGCGCUGCGGGUCUCGCGGACGGGUCUGGGCGCGCAGAGAGCUCGAACUCGUGGUGGUGGUGGGACAGCCUGAAAGGCAAGGGCAAGGCCUCGGUGGAAGAGAUGGAGCUCCGAGCACUUCGCCGCCUCGCGCGUGUAGGCAAAGGUGUGGAAGGAGACGACUGGGUCAAGCGCGUUGAGCCAGGAAUAUCAACAAUCUCGCCAGAAGAUAUCCCAGGCUACCUUGCGCCAUUAAUGGCACAUGCGCUGGAACAUAUACCGCCAUCACAGCACAAGACCACGCCGAUCUACGUGCUUGCUACGGCAGGCAUGCGACUGUUGUCGGAUGACGCCAAGGCGGCCGUCUUGGGAGCGACAUGCGAGACCCUCCGGCGCGACUAUCCAUUCACCCUCGACGAGGCCGGCCCCGCUGGACCAUGUGGCGACAGCGUGCGCAUCAUUUCGGGCGAGGAGGAAGGUAUAUGGGGCUGGGUUGCUGUCAACUACCUCAUGGACGGCUUUGGACACGCUCCGGAACUGCAACACAAGGACGGCCAGUCUGACCACGACCACCUCCUUCCCUUGGCGUCUAUCGCCCGUCCAGCGCACCCAGGCAAGAACGACGGCCUCACUCCUGUUGACAUUAACCACCACUCGCCGACGUUUGGCUUCCUCGACAUGGGCGGCGCGAGCACGCAGCUCGCGUUCAGCCCGUCGCCAGAGGAACUGGCGCACUCACGAUACCCCGCCGCAGACCUUGGCAGCGUGAGCCUCCGCCUUCUUUCAGGCGAGGUGGUCCAAUGGCCCGUGUUUGCUGCGAGCUGGCUUGGGUUUGGCACCAACCGAGUGCGCGAGAGCUACAUCGAGGCAGCGGUCAAGGAGUGGACAUUGAGCCGCGACCCAGACGUCGACGCGGCCGAAGACCGCAUCGUCGACGCCUGUCUCCCCGUCGGUCUCGUCCUCCCAUCACCGGACCCGUCCAAGCACCCCGACUUUAUCGGUGCGGGUAACUUUGCCCAGUGCCUGCGCGCCCUCAAGCCGCUCCUCGCAACCGACGCUCAGUGCCCGGCCCAGCACUGUCUCUUUGGCGGCAUCCCCACACCGCACAUUGACUUUGCGCGCAAGGACCAGCGUGGAUUCAUCGGCAUCUCCGAGUACUGGUACACUGCUCAACAGGUGCUGGGUCUCGGCGGCGUGUGGGACUGGGCUGAAUGGGAGCGUGGCAUGAACGAGUUCUGCGCGCAAGACUGGACGCAGCUCGAGGCCAAGUUCAAGGCGGGCGAAGGCUGGCAUGGCACAGAGGUGGAAGUCUCCCGACUGCAGAUGCAGUGCUUCAAGGGCGCCUGGAUCUCCAAUGUUUUGCACGAGGGCAUCGGUAUCCCGCGCCUGGGCGACGCUGGCGGAAACGACACGCUCACGGGCGGCAAAAAGGGCGAGACCAAUGCCGAGGCCGAGCAGCGUGCUCGCGAAAAGGGCCUGUAUGACAAGCCCCACUUCCAGUCCAUGGACGAGGUGGGCGAGACGGCCAUCUCAUGGACGCUCGGCAAGGUCGUCAUUGAGGCGAGCAAGGCCGUGGGCGCCGUGCCCCAGCGGGCAUGGCGGCCGUCCAUGGCCAUGGCCGACCUCGACCGCGCCAUGUGGGGCUACGUGCUGGUCGCUGCCGCUGUCCUGAUGCUUCUUGCAGCUGCGCUGCGCAGGCGCGGCGUCCGCUCCGGCCGGAAACGCAAGCCAGGCCGCUCGGCCACCAUCCUCGGUAUCCCCAUCCCGUUCACGGGCGAGCCGGACGCGUACGCGUUCGAGGAGAGCGGCGAGCGUUUGGGCGACUUGUACGGCGGCCGCAGGCAACCGGCUGCAGCGUCGCGCCUGCGCCUGUGGAGCCGGCGCGUGACCCAGGCGCUGCGCCGGAACGUCUCCUUUGGCGGGCUCGACCUGCCCCGCCGGCAACGACACGCCAGCAUGCCCCUCUCGGCCAACGGCUACUCCCCCACGCAGGGCUGGCAAAGCCAGCCGUCGUCGCCCCGCGGCGGCGGCGAGACGUCUGGUUUCUCCACCUCGGCAUACUCUACGCCCGUGUACAGCGCGUCGGCGCGCAACUUUAGCAUGAUGGACAUUGGCCAGCACUCGCCCGCGCCCGGCUCCCCGCCGCGCCGCGCGCCUCGACCACGCACCAACUCGGCCCAGAACAGCCCCUUCCUCGGCCCACAGCACGGCGCGGGCGGCGCCGGCGGAGCGGGAUGGAACGACCCGCCCAUGAGCAUGUUUGGCAGCCUGGCCACGGCGUCUGCAGCCGCCACGGCUACGGCGUCGAACGCGACCGCCACGACCACGGCCACUGCCAACUCGAGCGUGAACACCACCCCCGUAUUGCCGUCCGCCCGCGACUCGUCCGGCGACGACGAGUGGCCCCGCCCCACGCCCGAGCGCAGCGCGACCCUCGGCCCCAACUGGACCGUCCCGGCCGGCACCGGCAGCGGCGUGCUCACCCCCUCGGCGGGACCGGGCGGGGACCAUGUCCUGUCGCGCAACUCGUCGCGCGUCAACCUGAGCGAUAUUGGCUUGGCACAGCGCAGUCGCGCCAACACGCCGCAUCUCGGCCACUCGGAGAAGAUGUCCAUGUGA